UAUACUUACCUAAGCCCCAGUUUCUUUUUUAGAUUCUUCUUCUGUUUCUUCUUCCUCGGCGAGAAAUCCCACGUCAAACCAAAAAUCAAACUCUCUCGAAAAAUAACUCAAAUCAGAGUUUUGGAAUUUUUGGUUUCUCUGUCGGGUGUUUAUUGAUCAGCUCAUUCAUCUCCCUGGAGGAAAAAAAAAUAGAAAAGUUUUUGUCUUUCUCAAUCUUUGAAUUAUAAUCCAGGUCAAAGUAAAGGAAAUAAGACUCUGUUCAUCCCGGCCAAUUCUGGUAUUUAUAGAAGACUCAAGCUUUUGUAUUGAGGAUAGAUAGAAAAAGACAGAGAAGAGAGAGAGAGAGAUCCUACUAGGUAUAGAAGACAUUAUAUUAUAUAGUGAGCAUCGGUUCCUCCAUAUAUUACAUUUUCACAAUUUUUGUUGCUGAAAGAGAUAUACUCUGAUUGUUACUUACUGUGACGUGGAGUGUUUGUGCAUGAGACAAGCGAAUUACUUUGGAAGCCUUUAGUUGGAGAAGAAUUUAAUGGGUGCACUUUGCUGCUGCUUGCGUGCUGAUCAAUUGGACGAAUAUGUUAACCCCAACAAUACUAUUUUCAGAUCAUGUCUUUGUCUGGGUUGCAUCUUGAAUGCGUACACAGCAUUAUUCCGGAGAGACGAGAUGCAUCCGAUACCCUCAGCAAUCACGAGUACAGCAACAUUAACCUCUCAGACAUCUAAUGACGACUCUCUAGCCAGCACGUAUCGCUCCCCUCCUAGGCCUUUGCCUUAUGAUGAUCCAAGAUGCUUCCGUUCCCAAAGAAAUUUACUCAAGGGCUCAAGUCAUUCACACGAGGAAUCUGAACCUCUGAGAAGAAGUAAUACUGACACGAGUCAAGAAUACGUAAAGGGGGGUGAGAAAUGGGAUCAGUCUGCUGAAGGUGGGUCAAAAGCAGGCCUGUCCGAGUCCUCAAUGAAACACCAACUGGCAAUGGUGUCAAGUGGAUUUGGUUAUGUCUAUUCAUCAGCAGAAGAUGAAGAUGUCUGCCCAACAUGCCUCGAAGAAUAUACUCCGGAAAAUCCAAAAAUUCUUACACAAUGCUCACACCAUUACCACCUUGUUUGUAUAUAUGAGUGGAUGGAGAGAAGUGAAACCUGUCCUGUCUGUGGAAAGGUGAUGGUAUUUAAUGAAACCAGCUGAUAUUUGCUUCCACAUGAUGGAAAAGAGAAAAAAAUAAAGGAAAGUUUAGGUCUCUGUAAAUAUGUCCGGUGAACGAAGCAGUCAGUCAAACCAAGUAAAAUUGUGAAGGGGGAGAUUUCACUCUAGUACCCAUUUGACUAUCUGAACAAAUACAUGCGUUGCUAUAUACAUCUAUCAGUCAGGCGCUCUCCUGCUCGUCUCAUGUAAAAUAUGUUUCUUUUAGUUCACGUUUAUUUUCAAAAUGUAAUGGAAUAUGAUGGAAGGAUUAAUGAUAACACUUGCACCCACUAUGUGGUGAUGUUCUGGCUUUGCUCCCUCUUAA